AUAUAAAUACAAUAAUAUAUAACACAAAUUAAAAAAGAGGCAAACAUUAAGAAAGAUAUUGCAAAAUGAAAUAAUUGAGUUAAAAAAGUUCCAUUUUGAAUGUCCAUCACUAACCAUCAGCUGUGAACUCAUCGCAUGCGGUGGCCAUAGAGGGAAUCUUCAAAUGCGUUUGAUUGGAUUUCUGAGUAAAUUUGGCGAAAUAUUGAAUCGUUGCGCUGUUGGGCGACUCCCACCCAAAAGAAGCAUGGCCUGCAGCAGAUUUGAGUACGUUAAGACCUUCGAGCAGGACGACAGUAUACUGCCGAACGUGUGGAUAGUCAUUCGCAUCGAUGGCAAGAAGUUUCACAAGUUCUCCAAAACCCACGACUUUGAAAAGCCCAACGACGAAAAUGCCUUGAAUGUAAUGAACGCAGCCGCCACGGCGGUGAUGGCAGAGUUCCGGGAUAUUGUCCUUGCCUAUGGCCAAAGCGAUGAAUACUCUUUCGUAUUUCGAAAGGAGACGGCUGCCUUCAAGCGCCGCUCUGCCAAGCUGCUCACCUACGUCACCAGUCUGUUCUCCACGAGCUACGUGAUGCAGUGGUCCAAGUGGAUGAGCCAGCCCCUUGCCUACGCCCCCUGCUUCGACGGGCGGGUUGUCCUAUACCCAUCCGACGAGAAUCUAAGAGACUAUCUAAGUUGGCGGCAGGCGGAUGUGCAUGUCAACAAUCUGUAUAAUACCGCCUUUUGGAAGCUGGUUCUGGAGAAGGGUCUGACGAACCAGGAGGCGGAGGCUAAACUGCGAGGCACUUUCUCCGCGGACAAGAACGAGCUGCUCUUCCAGGAGUUUGGCAUUAACUACAACAAUCUACCGGCCAUGUACCGAAAGGGAACGAUUCUGCUGAGGAAGCGCGUAACUGUGGAUGAAAAGACGAGACAAGCCAUUGUACCGUUGCACCAGGAUCUGAUUUCUUCACAGUUCUGGAAAGAGCACACCGAAAUUUUGGGCAAAUAUGUGCCAGGAACCUACAGUUCCACUCAGCCUCUGCCCAGAUUGGUGCACCUACAAAUAGAUGAUAAGAAGGCGGAGGAAUCGAAGCUGGCGGAGAGAGUGGAAGAGAGUUGUUAG